AUGGCUUCUGCUGCAAAAUUGUUCUCUUUCCUCUUCUUCCUUACAUCUCUCCUCUUCUUUCAACAAGCUCAAGCUAGAGAAAGCCAAUUCUUUAGCAAAGUGCCCAAUGGCAACAACAACUAUGAGAAGGAGACAGAGGUCACCAAAACAGAAACCCCUGUGAAAAAGCAAGACCAAGAGCCAGCCUUCAUUCCAGAGACCCAAAGUGGAUAUGGUCUCUAUGGCCAUGAGUCUGGCCAGCUGCCUCCCACCACCACAACCACUGGUGCACCCUACACCACCACAAACACCGGUGCACCUUACACCACCACAACCACCGGUGCACCCUACACCACUACCAAUGGUGCACAAUUCACCACCAACAACAACAACCUGCCAUAUACAGCUGAGUCAGAGAAAGAGCAGCAGCACACCAACAAGUACCCUGAGACCUACAGCACCCAAUACCGCCCCAACAAGAACAACUUUUACUACAGUGGCAAUUUUGAGAGCAACCCAAGUGACACAAGGUUCACACAGAGCAGCUACACCACAACCACAACCCCAACCAAUUACCAAAACACCCACAACAACUACAAUGCUGAGAAUCAGGGCUUGAAUGAUGCAAGGCUUACACAGAGCAGCUAUACAACCCCAACCAAUUACCAAAGCAACAACUACAACACUGCUGAGAGGCAGGGCAUGAGUGACACAAGGUUUUUGGAGAACGGAAGGUACUACUAUGACAGUACGAGAGAGAACAACUACAAUCAGAACCAGUAUGAAAAUUCUAGGGUGGUGGAUUCAAGAAAUUGGUACAACAGGGGUAACAAUGGCAACAACAAUGUGAACCAGAACGAGGAUCAGUUCCAAGAGAGUGAAGAAGAGUUCAUGCCAUAA